AUGUGUUCGUCAUGGGACCAUGGGACUGAUGGCAUUUUGUGUGGGAUGCUGCUGGUGGUUUUGACAUAUGCAUUGUCCUGGGAAGCUGCACGGGGACACGUGCAUAAUCACAAUCAACACGAAAGCUGCACAGCUUUAGAUAGAAGAGGUUGCUCGUAUGCCAAUGCAAGACCCGAAGCUGAAACAUCAGAGUUCACUUGGAGCAGGUGCACAAUUGCUCGGAUUCCUUGGCCGAGAAACUCAAAUGACCUUCCAUUGGGCGCGGAACCAUACAUUGUGCAGUCUCCGCCUUGGUGGAACCAAGUCACUGCCAAGAACUUGGAAAGGGAUAAACUCCUGCAGUCCAUGGCAAAUGUCACAUGCACGCCGUCUCAAGCUGGAAGCAAACGAAUUGGCAACUUCGAGAUGACUUUGGCAGAGUACCUGACUGAGUGGCUGCCAAAGCCUGUCAGCAGAAAUGCGGAGGAAAACCGCUAUGUGUUUGGGGAAUUCGGAGACCAAUGGGCACCGCUUCGGGAUGAGUAUGUGCUUCCUCCAUGCGAGGUUUGCUCUCGUGAUUCUGCAGCUGUGACCAUUGGUUUGGGUGGCAUGUACUCUGGAGCUCCAUGGCACUUUCAUAACUCGGCCUUUGUUGAGGUGUUUCAUGGAGCUAAGCACUUUUCCUUUCUUCCUCCCAGCGACAAAAAAGCCAUUGAUGAGAUUGAGAAAGUGAUGCAGUUCAACGCGUCGAUGUCUCAAAUUCAUUGGUAUUUGGAGCAGAAGCCACUGUUAGAAGAAAGACAUCUCCUCAAGAACAUGCUGGAAUGUGUGGUUCAUCCUGGCGAGAUCCUGUACUUUCCGGACAACUGGCAUCAUGGAGUGGUGAAUUUGGGCAACUACACUGCUUUUGUGAGUAGCUUUAUUAACACAGAUCUUGCGAAGAAGUCAAGGGCUCCAGAGAGACCGCGCCAUGACUGGCCGAAGUUGCUACCUCCUUGA